AUGACGGAAAUACAAGUACUGCAAAACGGAUAUGCCGAAGAACCAUUUUAUGGUAAUUCGGAUAAGAAAUUGAUUUGCGAUUGUUGUCCAUACGGUUAUCACAUAGAUUUAGAUUUCGUUAGAUUUUGUGAAAAAUUAUCGAAAUCAAGCGGAGAACCGAGUCCUAGUAAAAAAUUAAGACGUGAAAGAAGACGACAAAGACAAUCGAUGGAAGUUUUGCUAGGAUUAACAAAUCCCGCUAUAUGGAACAUUGAACAAUUACUACUACCCACCAUAGUUCAAGGAACAAAUAAUACGAAAACGUAUAAUAAUAAUAAUAAUAAUAAUAAUAUAUAUGAAACGGAAAACUCACCAUCAUUAAAUUGUAGCAACGAUGGACUCAAUAAAGCAGUUUUGGAUUUUGAAGCAACAUUAGAAAGAACAUCUAAAAAAAAACAAAAGAAAAAACAAGAUUUGGAUUCAGUUUUAAUAAAUAAUCGUCCAGUUGAUUUUGGUGAUGAAAUGUUAAAAAGAGAAGAAUCUCCAAUUUAUAGAACAUAUCAAGAUAUGAGUCCAUUUGGUGAAUUUGAUAUGAUAUCAGCAUAUAAUUCUAAUUUAGGUACAGGACCGGGUCCAUUACAGAAUAUCCGGGAACAAAUGGCCAUAAGCUUAAAAAGAAUGCGAGAAUUGGAAGAAAAAGUUAAAUUAAUUCCGUCACUUGAAAUAGAAUUACAUUCUUUGAAAAAUGAAAAAUAUGAUCUUUUAGAAAAAAUAGAAAGAUUAAAAUCAACUUUAGAAUUUACUGAAAAAAAUUUACUCCGUCUUAAAAAUGAUAAAAUGAAAGAAAUGGAAAAAGUUGAAGAUAUCAAACCCGUAUUGAAAGAUGUAGGUGUUACUUGUAAAGUACUCACGAGGGAAGUUGGCAUAACUCCAGUCGUAUUGAAAAACAGAACCGUUGGAACAGAAACAAAAAUGGAACAACCACCACCACCACCACCCAUCGACCUCAAACCUCAAAUUAACGAAUCGGUUCAAUAUGAAAAACCCAUUUUGAAAUCCGUUAAAUCUCAAACUUUGCUAAAAAACGAUACGAAAUCAACUUCGACCGAUUUGAUAAUGGAUGACAUUGAACACAUUUUGAAAAAAAAAGAAACGAGACUUUCCCAUAAACAUUUAGAUGGUAUUUCAUUUACUCCUCGAGCCUUAGAACAAUUGAAUAAAGGAAGUCAAACGACGGUUAAAGAACCGGAAACAGUUUUAAAAGUUGUUGAAAAACGAGAAGUUAGCAUUCAAGUGGAACAGCAAAAAAAAUUAAAUAGGGAUGCUGGAACAAUAGCUAAACCAAAAAUGUUCGAUGCAUCGAUCGAUGCUAGACCUAAAACAAGAGAUUAUGGAUCCUCGGAUAAUAGAACAAACGAUUUGCUAUGUGAUAAAUGUACAAAUUUAAAAACUAGAUCGAUCGGUGUCGGUUUAGGAAAUGUCAAAGUGGAAGAACCUAAAAUUGAUACGACUUCUAUAUACAGAAGUAAAUCGUUUCAAUUACCGGAGACUAAACCUAGAGUGUCGACCAGGCACAUAGGUGUGGGUACUCCUUUACCUGUUAAAAAAUUAACAUCGACUAAAGGAGUAGGAACUCAAGAUAUGAUGGCAAUCAAACUUAAACAUACGGGCAUGAAUACAAUUAGGGUUGAUGUAAUAGAUGCAGAAUCAGAAACUGAACCUUUUUCAAAUGAAAAAUUUAUUUGUGAUAAAUGUGUAAAUGAAUGUAAACCUUUGGUAAAACCAAGAAGUAGUAGUACAACAACUCCUAAAGAAAAAGAUGAUGUUAAGGAACCUCAACCGUCAAAAAUUCCAAGGCCAAAGAGUAAUCAGAGCACUCCAGUAAUGGAGAGAAAGAAAUUCAUGAGGCAAGACACCUACACAAAAAUUCCAUAUCAGCCAACAACGUCUUCUGCUUCUUCUGAUUUAGGAAAGAAUUCUAAAACCAGAAAAAAAACUAAAGCUAACCUUGGGCAAUCUCCUUCAGAUGACAAAUCAUUGACUAAAGAUCUUAAAGAUCUUAAAUUAAACAGUAUUGAUAAAUCUUGUGGAAACUUUGACGAGUAUUAUUUUGAUUAUGAUGAAAAUUAUGAUGAUAGUUCUAAACGAAAUAGUGCAUUAUUUCAACCAAUUAAUAAUGAACCAAGAGAAAAAAUCAAACCUAGUAAAGAGAUGAUUGCUGCGAUGAAAGUUGUAAACGAUUCUCUUAGUAAAUAUCCAAAUGGUCUUCCUAAACAAUUAAAAAAUGCUUCUAAUAUCAUUCAACAGGAAUGGUUCAAGGUGUCCAGCACUGCAUCGGCAAAUCCAUUGGAUGUCGAAGAUUAUUUGGAUAGUUUCGAAGAAGUUUCUAGCAUUCUUUUAGAAUAUAUAGUAAAUAUGGUUGAUAAUAAUGGAAAUACUGCAAUGCAUUAUGCUGUAUCACAUGGUAAUUUUGAUGUUGUCUCUAUUCUUCUCGACUCGAAAGUUUGCAACAUAAACAAAAUGAAUGCUGCUGGUUAUACGUGUAUCAUGUUGGUAUCAUUGGCACAAGUUAGGUCAGAAACACAUAGACAAGUUGUCAAAAGAUUAUUUCAAUUAGCAGAUGUAAAUAUAAGGGCGAAACAGCACGGACAAACGGCACUAAUGCUUGCCGUUUCUCACGGACGUUUAGAUAUGGUUAAAUUACUCUUAGAAGCAGGAGCCGAUCCAAACAUUCAAGAUGGUGAUGGAAGCACUGCUUUAAUGUGUGCAGCAGAACAUGGACAUUUAGAUAUCGUUAAACAUAUAAUUGCACAUCCAGAAUGCGAUACAACAAUAGUUGAUUGCGAUGGUAGCACAGCGUUAGCGAUAGCAAUGGAAGCAGGUAAUCGUGAUAUCGGAGUAUUACUUUACGCACGAGAACAUUUUUCUAAUUCUAGAGGUAGUUCACCGUAUACAUCAUUAAAACAUAGAAGAAGUAAAUCAUCGAGUUCUCCACAUCCGAGAACUCCAACAUCUCCAAAUCCUAAUAAAAAAUCUGAUUUUUCAAAUUUAAACUAA